GCGGCUGCCGGUUAGGGGAGCGACUUCGAGGGGUCGUCGGGAGACUGGGGGAUGCGAGAUGAAGUUCCUCAAAGACGUGGAUUUUGUGGCGCGGACCAGCACUUCCCAAGAAACACUGACUUUGUUGUCUGAGUUGAAGGAAUGCCUUGAGGGGGAACCCAAAAAUGCAGACUGCCCAAGCCAAGCCUCCAAACAGGUUACAGCAUGUGAUAGAAUCCUACGGGCUUGCAUCCACAGGCUUGGUGAAGGUUUGGACUGCCCUGCUCACUUGGAAAGUCUCCAGGCCCUAGCCAAGGCAGCCUAUGGCGGCUACACUGCAUCAAGGCUCCAGUAUAUUCCUCUCUACUUGGAAAAGUUGCUGUACCAUUUGCUGAGGGCUGUGGCUGCUCAGGGCUCCUCUGAUUCUUGCCUAAUGUUUGCUGAUCUCCUCUAUGAGGAACUCUUGAAGUACCAGCCUCCCCAGGUGCCUGCUCAUGACUAUGCGGCUGUUGCCCAAAGCACCUUUGGUGUGCUGUGGAAGAGCGUGGAUGGCAGGGCUAAACUGGACAAGACUCCAGCAGAGCUCAGGGCCGUGCUCUCCACCCAGCUGCAAGCUGUACGCUUCUUGGUGCUUCUGGAGAACGAUGCCGCCAACCUCUUGCCUCAGGAGGCCCCGUACUUCACCUCCAAGGUGGCCCGGCAUGCCUCCAUUGCAGCUGUGACAUUUGAGGCCCAGCGGAGUCCUCUGAGAAAGGAAGAGGCCCAUUUUCUCAGUGCAGAGUUCUUCCGCCUGUUGGUUGCUGCCCUUCUGGAAAAGAGGGGUGUGGAUGCGCAUUUGGCCUUCCAGGACUGUCUCUGCAUCUUUGAGCUCACUGUGGUGAGGUGCCGUUACCUCUGCAAAAGUGGCUGCUUCAAAGAGAGCGAUGAAGUUAUCCAGCAAUUCAGUGACUACUUGAAAAAGUCCAGCAAUGAGGGCCAUUGCUUUAGUGUGGCUUUAGACGUACUCUCUGCUGGAGUCGAGCUGAACAAAGUGUUGGUGCAGGCUGAGGGUUCAGUAAAGCCCUUCUUCAUCCAAGCUACUGAGGCUCUAAACUCCUCAACAGAUCAUCAAGAGCCCCUGCUUAGAGUGCUGACUGAAAGCUGCCAGUUGCUCGUAACCCCUUUGUAUGGACUUGCAAAGAACAGCAAACAGGGCUUCUUUAACCUGCAUGAUAUUCUGGGGAUCUCUGCCUUCAUGGAAAGUUACGUCGCAUUACUCCAGAAGCUGAUGGGUUUAGUUCUGCCAGAGACCAUGAGACAGCAGCAAGCUCUGAAGAAGCAACUGUACCACUACUUCCAGAUGUACACGACUUUGGUAUCCGACACUCUACAGACUCUGCAGGGGCCGGAAUCUGCAGCACUGCCAGAGUUACUGGUGUAUCUUCAGAAGGUUGUCACUUGGAUGUUGGAUAUGCUAGUAGGACUUCCCAAGAAAGAGCAGGCUGAAUACCUGGAUUUCUCAGCAUACUGUAUAUCACGGCUGGCAUAUAACUUCUACUGUCAUAAGAUGUAUGCGGAGUCUAACUCUAUCGUGGAGCUUUUCUGCAGACGCUUGGCAAAGGAGGAGAUUGUCAGUUGUUCAGAUUUGUCUACAGAAAAGCUACACAAUUGCUUUAAGCUUCAAGUGGAGAAUUACAGGAAACUGGGCUUGUUAGAGGAGGCUCUCCAGGCUGUGGUACUCUGGCUGGCUGUUCAAGGCAGCGGGAUAACAGAACAGAUGGCAGAGCCAAUCUCCGCCUGGGUCAAAGUCAAAAUUGAUGCCAGCAAAUCUGAUGACCUGAGACUGAAGACUCUAAAGGAGGGCCUGGAGGGGUACAGCUUGGAUACAGAGGUCCUCAUGAAAGUAUUGUUGGAGGAGCUGAAGGCUUACAAGACCGUGCGGGUUGACACUGGCCAGGAGCGCUUCAACGUGAUCUGUGAUCUGCUGGACAUAUGUUCAGAAGGCAGUGGCUGGGCUCACGAGCGGGCUGUGAUUCUGGUGGAACUGGCACAGGUUCUGUGUUACCAUGACUACAGUGAACAGACAGAAUGCUCUGCCCUGGACUCUGUUCAUGAAGCCCUGUGGCUGUUGGAUUCUGUGCCAAAGACUCCCCAGAAUGAGGAGCAGCUCCAGGACGACAAGGCCCAAGCCUUACUCUGGCUUUACAUCUGCACAAUUGAGGACAAAAUGCAUGAGAGCAUCAAGCAAGAGCAGAGGUCCAGGAGUGCCCAUGCCAAGGGCCAGAAAGGCAUACAAGAUCUUGAAGGCUUUGAGACCAAUGAUCUUAACUAUGAGAGUAAAUCCCAGGAUGACAAGUUCCUGUAUCUUGGCAUUGCAUUUAACCUGUCUGUGGAUUCUGUGCAGUCAAAGUGUUUGGACGAUGCCCUUGCCUUGUGGAAGCAGCUCCUCUCCUCCAAGGGCAGGAUCCCAGCUGUACGUAACGUUGAACAGACAGCAGCAUCCUUACACAUCAUGGCAGCUAUGUACAGAAUGAUGGGAAAGCCAUUACAGGCCAUAGAGAGUUAUUUCCUCAUCACAGCUCUCUCCAGGGCACUUGAAGACUCUGUGGGGAGGACCAAUGCCUUCUGCCAAAUUUCCAAGCUGCUUCUCCAUCUGGAAUGUCCCAGUUACGCUGAGACCACUUUAAAGGAGGCUGAAUCGUGCUUCCAAAAUGUGGACAGAAAGAAUGACUCUUGGCUGCUGACCAAUCAAACACUGGCUGUGCUCCGUAGCGAGCUGUGCUUAGCAAACCGCAAGAUUGAAGAAGGUGUCAACCUUUUAGUCGAAAUCUUACAGAACCCUGCUUUGCAAAGGUCCUCUAAGGUCUGGUACCAGCUCCGAGCCAGUGCUCUCCAGUUGACAGCCGCUUACCUUGGUCUGCCAGCUUCUGCCCUCCCACUGGCACUGAGGCAAAAACUCUGGGUUCAAGGAUGGAAGACCCCUGAAUCGGCUCUGGGUGAUGCUCACAGACUCUACCGCAGCAUCCUCUUGAGCUUCUCACUGAUUAUCAGCGACACGUCUGCUAAAGAUGUUUCAGAGCAUCAGUUUGUAGAUCAUGGUGGUAAUUUGGUGCAGAAGUGGCAGGUGCUGGCUGACAUGUUUGUUUGCUCCGAGAGCUUUGUCUCCCUCCUGGGCAAGAUCGAGAUUGUCAAUGAAGCAAAAGCUUUCUGCCUGGAAAUGCUCAAGAUCUCCAUGAGGCUUCAGUCUAUUCGAUGGUGUGCUCGCUUCCUGGUCUUGAAGAGUGGACUGGAACUGCAGCGCAGUGACCUGGAGCUGUGUCGCUUGGAUCUGGAGCAGGUCUUGUUUCUUCUUGAGUCGGGCACAGUUUUUGAAACCAAAGAAGAAAAAGGAGGUGUGAAAAUCAAGCCCAGAAAAGGCAGGUCUAAAAACAGGACGCCUCAAGGUCCAUGUGUGGAGCCCUCUGAGGACGAGCAGCCUUUCUUGAAAGAGGUCUCCCUUGAGUAUGUUGACACAGUCUCCCUGCCGAAGAAGACUCUAACCACCUCGCCAGUGCUGAAGCCCAAAGAGAAGAAGCAUGCUGGCUUCCUGAAUCACCCAGAGGCCUGCCACUGCUUGCUGUGCUCUGACGUGGUCCUCUCUGUCGUCUGUCUUGGCUGGCUGGUCACCUCUGCAGAGGAGGAGCUGGCAUCUGGGAACAGGGCAGAAGGCUUGCAUCUCCUCGAGACCAGUCUGAAACGGUGUGCCACUGUGGGUCUGCGUCUCUCCAGCAUGGUCGCCUGCGUUUCUCAAGGCAAGAAGGAGGCCAUUGAGCAUCAGUCCCCAGUUCAGAUUCUUGAUAAUCUGGUGGCUCAUAUCUACGUGACUCUGGCUUGGCAAAGUGUGAACACUGGCAGACCAGAGAAGAAACUUUGGGGAAUUCUGGAGACUGGCUUGAGCUUGCUGUCUUCUAAGGAGACUCGGCCUCUUGGCUUCCAAUACCAAAGGGCCAGGCUGCUGCUUGCCAAAGCUGUGGGUACGAUGUCUAUCCUAGCCUCUACUCAAUAUGACAGUGCAGAAAACCUAUUUUCUAGUGCUUGGUCCUGGAAGUCCCCAUUGUCUCUACACGGGAACCCAGAAGGCAAGCAAAAGGCAGAAAAGGCGGUCAAUUCACUUUGCACGCUGCCCCUGAAAACGCCGAAGCAGCCAAGAGCUGACCAAAAAGCAAAGUCUAAGCGAAUCCAAGGAACUAAACCUCUGCCUGUGACCAGACCUAAUAAUCCAUUUGCCCUGGCUGACUCUGAUUCAGAGGCUGUUCCGGUUGUCCUUAGACCACCUGUAGAGCACCGUACCCCAGCCCAGAAAUCCCUCCCAGCUCCCAGGACGAUCCAGCGUUCAGCAGCCAAGCCGCGCCUGAAGGCCCCGUUUGCGGUUUUUGAGGAAUCUUCUCCAAAGCUAAACACCAAGCUUCUAAAGGCCCCUAAAGUGUCGAAGAGAACGAAAUCUCGAAUUAAGGUCUCUUUCUAUGAUGACAGUGAUAUGGAAGAUCCUCUGGAAGCCAUGCAGGAGUCCCGGUUGCCUGCUGCCAAAGACCCAGUGCCUGCCACCCCCAAGGCAGGGAGGAGGGUGGCCUCUAGCAGGAAGGCAUCCCAGAUGAGCUGUAGCACUGACUCCUCAGAUGGCUGCUCCCGGAUGGCAACGCCCCUGCCCAGGAGGCCACGGGGUAAGGGAGUUUCUCGACGAGGAAAGCAGCAGGAGGAAACCAAAGAAGCUCCUUCUGAGGAGAUAACUGCCAGCUCUCAGGAGGAAGAAAAGGAGGUUCUGAGGACCAUUGAGGAAAGUCCUGAGGCCAGGGUCCUACAGGGUUCCAAUGAAGAAGCGCCAGUAGUUGAAGAACACAGGAGGCGGCCUAUCCGUCGGCUGAAUGACACAGAAGAGGACCAAGAGGUUCUCCGGCGUGAUGCCAGCAUUCACUUGCAGGAGGCUUUCCAGGCUACAGAGAAGAGAGGUUCAGAGGACCCUUUCAACUUGCACCCGCUUGCUUCUUCCCUGGAUGCACCUGACAACUCCUUGUCCAUGGACUCUGUCUAUGACUCCCUGCAAGCUGCCUUCUACGCAAUUGGACAUUACCCUCCGGGUUCCCUCUACAGCCAUCUCUGCCGGCUCAUGGCACUGUGCACCGGGAGCCGAGACCCCAUUGUUACUGCCUACCUGGUUUCUGAGUCAGUCUCUGUAACUUUUCGUCAUCAGAUACUGACCGUCAUUUACAAGAAGCUCCACAAAAUGAAAAAGGUAUCCGUGGCCAGCGCCUUAAAGCAGUUGGAAGCACUUAGCCUGCAAGAAGGAAAAACUGGUUGUCAGUUCCAGCACCUCUCUGAAUUACAGAACCUCUUUGAAUUCAGCUGCCCCAGCCCAACAAAGUUGGAGACGGAGAACUUCAGAGAACAGCUGCAACAAAUCCCUUCUGGGGUAACCGUGUGUAUAUUAACCCUGGUGAGCAUCCAGCCAGAAACUAUUGGGGACGUCCUCUUGCUGACACGACUGGAGAAAGAUGCCCCCCCAGUCACCAUCCAGAUACAGACCAGGCACGCCAAGGUACCCGUAAGUGCAGCCCUUGGUGAACUUGAUGCCAUCCUACAGAAACAGAAAGAGAUAUCCAACCUCACGGACAGGAAGGACUGGUGGAAUGGCAGGGUUGUCCUGGACAAGAGGAUGAAGGAUUUGACCGAGUCCCUGGAGACGCAUGUCCUGAGCUGCUGGAAGGGUGCCCUACUGCCAGCCUUUGAGGACCAAAACUUAGCAGAAGAAGCCUCCCGCCUCCAGGCACGCCUCUCAGAGUGCGGCUGUGAGGAAGUAGAUCUAGCACUGCUUAAGGCCAUGCUGAUUGGCUCGCAUCUCUUGACCCCACAACAUGUACAGUGCUUGGCACAGGGACUCAGCCCAGCUCAGCCCGAGAGAGCCCAGAACUGUCUGCAGGAGGCAGUGGACAAACUGGGAUCCCGUACUGGUCAGGCGUCGAGUGGCCACUUGGUCCUUGUGCUGGAUAAACACCUGCAAAAGCUUCCCUGGGAAAACAUGCCAUGCUUGAAAAACCAUUCCGUGACCCGGUUACCAUCUCUGCGGUUCCUGCUCAGCUACUCUCUUACAAAAAAGUAUCAGGAAGAGACUAUCCUAAACCGCGGUGUCAACAGCAGCAACGCCUUUUAUGUCUUGAAUCCACACACAAACCUCCCUGGGACGGAGAGAAUGUUCAAAGACUGGUUUCAGAGUGAGCCUGGAUGGACAGGAGUGGUAGGAGAGAAUCCCAGUGCAGACCAAGUGCCAUCGGCUCUUGAAGAACGCGAUCUCUAUAUCUACGCUGGGCAUGGUGCUGGCGCCCGUUUUGUGGACACCAUUCUGAAAGUGGACUGCAGGGCCGUGGCUCUUCUUUUCGGCUGCAGCAGUGCUGUCCUAGCAGUGCAGGGCAACCUGGAGGGAAGUGGUGCUGUCCUCCGGUUCCUCAUGGCAGGAUGUCCUCUAGUGCUGGGUAACCUCUGGGAUGUGACUGACCGAGACAUCGAUCGCUACAUGGAAGCACUUCUGAAGAACUGGCUCAAGGCAGGUUCAGGAGCUCCAUUCCUCCAAUAUGUCAUACAGUCCCGCCAUGCCCCCAGACUCAAAUAUAUGAUUGGUGCUGCCCCAAUAGCCUAUGGCUUACCAGUAUCUCUGCAGUAGAAAACAGGGCAAAAGCAUAAUAUCUAGUUUCUGGUGGGAGGGAUUUGAAAGGCCUCAAAUUAUUGUUUUGUCGUAAAUGCUGAACUGCCUUAAAUGGAAACUGCUGCUGGGGAGAAGGAUAAAAUAUCUGGCCUUAUGCAAGCUGGGUUGGUCGCCAACUACCUUCAAUGGAAAGUCUGCACUGCCUUUACACGGGAUGUUCCUAGUUAAGCUGCUGCUCUUUGCAAUAUGUAGCGUUUGCACAGUGUACAGUUUGCAUUUCCAGUGAUUAAUUAUUUUAAAAUGAAUUUGUAUUUUAAUGUUUCAAAGCCUGAAUAAAAGU